AUGUCGGAUUCAAUACCAACAACGACCAGCGGCUAUCGAAUAGAUCUUAAAGCUGGCAGCUUCGAUGGCCUGCAUCUCGAUGAAUCGAUGCCCGUCCCGGCGUUGGGAGCGGACGAUGUUCUCAUAUCUGUGCAAGCAGUCUCGCUAAACUAUCGGGACAUUGCCAUGCCCCUAGGACUUUACCCGGCAUCCGCAAGGGGAGACGUUGUGCCGUGUUCAGACGGCGCAGGCACUGUACUUGCGGUCGGAAGCGACGUCAAGUCUCUAAAAGCAGGAGAUAUGGUGUGUCCGACCUUCUUCCAGGAUUUUGAGGACGGUUACGCCACAAAAGAAAGCAGGGCAACGAGUCUCGGAGGGCUCAAUGACGGUGUCCUCAGAAAGCAUGCCGUGUUCAAGGAGAAAGGGUUGAUCAAAAUCCCGGACUUUCUGAGCACCGUCGAAGCGAGCACUCUGCCGUGUGCAGCUUUGACGGCCUGGAAUGCGCUGUUUGGUGUCGGAGGCAGGGCGCUUGAGCCUGGCCAUUGGGUCUUGACCCAAGGCUCAGGAGGUGUUAGCAUCUUCGCCUUGUUGUUCGCCAAGGCUCUCGGCGCGCAUGUUGUCGCUACGACGGGCGACAAGGGCAAGGAGCAGAGACUGAAAGAUCUAGGCGCCGACCUCGUGAUCAAUUACCGGGAGAACCCAACUUGGGGCCGUACUGCGAUGGAAUUCAUUGAAAAGCAAGGUGGAACAGGAGCGCAGCACGUUAUCGAAGUUGGCGGCGAGACCACAAUGGAACAGAGCUUGAAGGCUGUCGCACCCGAAGGUCUCAUCUCGAUCAUUGGCUUUCUCGGUGGUAGUACGGCGGAAAGGAAGACAGGGUUCUGGGACUGUUUUGCAAGCGCAUGUCUGGUCAGAGGUGUGCUUGUUGGGAGCAAGAAGCAGUUCCGCGAUAUGUUGAGCUUCAUGGAGGAUAAUGGAGUGAGGCCAGUUGUGGAUGAGAGAACCUUCAAGUUUGAGAGGGCCAGGGAAGCAUACGAGUAUCUUGAGGCUCAGAAGUUCUUCGGGAAGGUCGUCAUCGAGGUUCAGGAUUGA